AUGUGUAUUUAUGAAGACCAAAUAGGAAAAUUUGACUGGCGUCAAACAUACGUUGGCCGAAUAAAGUUUGCACAAUUUGAUACAGUGUCUACAGCCAAAAAAAUAAUAGUGGCUACGGAGGAAAACGUACUAGCUGCACUCAACUUAAAGACAGGGCAGGUUAUGUGGCGUCACGUAUUUGAGAGUGCCAGUUCAGGUGAUAUUCAAUUACUGCACUUUAGUGAUGGUGAUAAAGUGACAACAGUGACAGGAUCUAAUCCAUAUUUAGUAAGAGGAUGGGAUCCAACCACAGGUGUUCUAUUAUGGGAGUGGCCAAUAUCGAUUAUUGACACAGAGCGAGCACACUUGUCAGAAUGGUGGGUGCAAAAUGGGAUGCUAGUGCAUCUGCUACCUGCUUUUGGAUCUCAUUUGGAGGUCACAAUGUAUAACCUGAUGACUGGGUCCAAUCGAGGUGCAACAUCUAAAUUACCUACUGUAUGGACUAAUGAUGGAUGUAUUCUAACACCACCAUACUACACUUGUAUAUCAGGGAACAUGGGAAAUUAUAUGCUUCUAUCCCUAGAUGUCACAUCUAAUGCUGUUCAAAUAAUUAGCAAGCCUCUAUCCAACUACUUCAGUGAAGGAGAAGUUAUUGAAGGAAAUUUAAGACCGCUUGAUGGAAAAACUUCUCAACCAGGAUUUAUUAUUGAUGACAAAGCUAUAUUAUUGAUUAAAAAUAAUGAGUUUGAGCCUUUAAACGUAAGAUUGGCUGAUCAAUCGGCAAGUGCAACAUUUAUAGAUGCAAUAAGUGGACCCAUGUUGGUACAAGCUUGGAGUGAUGAGAAUAAAGGUCUUUCAAUUACUGCAUACAACAUUGCUACAAAUACAGAAAUAACAGAUAUGCAAAUGUCAGGGCCGAAGAUAAAUAUUCCUGAGGCAGAACUUCUAGGAGUACUUUGUAUAAACACUGCCAGGGAGCAGCCGGCAUACAGGAUACUUCUUAAUGGUGCUGAUGAUGCUGUUCAUUUGUUGCAGCAAGGGGGUCGCGUAGUGUGGUCGCGCGAGGAAUCCUUAGCUAACAUAGUGGCUGCAGAGUUUGUCGACUUGCCAGUUUCUGAAACAGAUGCUGCUCUUGAAUCAGAGUUUGAUCAGAAAGAAGCGAUCAAAGUCUACAGUUCGGUGUGGGCGGCUUUUGUGCGUCGUUUGCACACGCAGUACCAGCAGCUCCACACAUUAAUCCAGAAUCUUCAGGGCGAGGGAGCAGUCCUCGAUACCCCAUCUCCACUAGUCAGGGAUUACUUUAAUUUGCAUAAGAUCAUCGUACUCAUUACUGAUGUUGGCAAGAUAUAUGGCAUGGAUAACCUAUCUGGCGAGAUUCUAUGGCAGCGGUACGAUGGUAAUUUGAAUACUGAGUCGGUCGUGAUGUUCACCAGACGGUCAGCGAGGCAUCCACCUCAUGAUGCCUAUGUCACUAUUAUUGGAAAACAUGAGGAAACAGGCAAUGGUUACGUUAUAAGUCUUAAUCCGAUUCGCGGCACUUUAGUUGGCGAGAGAGUGUUACGUUUGGACGUGCGGUUACUACAAGUUGCGCUGUUACACACCGUCGAUGCGGAGAAACUACACGCUCUUAUAUUAUUGGACGAAGACGAAACUGUACAGGUGUUACCGGUAUCGGCUGCACCCUUAGUUCGUGAUCUCUACAUGUAUGUAGCUGAUAGAGAAACAGGAAGAAUGCAGGGAUACGCCCUAAAGUAUGAUGGAAGGCAAGUAAUAGCGCAAAGGACGUGGUCGUUGAAUUUGGGCGGGGCAGGAGCUCGUAUAGUGACGAUAGCAGGCAAGAGUCGAACGGAACGUGUCCAUUCGGCGGGAAAACCUCUGGCAGACCGUAGCGUACUCUACAAGUACUCGAACCCCAAUUUGCUGCUUGUUGUACUUGAAAGACCGGACCCCACUCAUAAGGAUGUGGUAACAGCUGUGGCGGUUGACGCCGCUUGUGGCGCUGUAGUGGCUGCGUCCACGCAUCGACGCGCGCGCGCUUUACCUCUAGCUGUACAUUCGGAUAACUGUUUAGCCUACCUUUACCGUAGUGAUAAGCAUCGCAGGCUUGAAAUAGCUACAAUGGAGCUUUACGAAGGCAACGAGCGUUGGCUACCGGCCGGCACGCAGUUUAGUUCUUUCGGAUGUGCCCGCGCACCCAGCGUCGAGCGCCAGGCCUACAUCGUGCCCGCGUCGCUCACUGCGCUAGCCUUCACCAGUACAGAGAAGGCUAUCACUGAUACGCAUUUAUUAAUGGGUCUAUCCACUGGUAUGUUAAUGGAAUUACCCUGGGCUUACGUGGACCCGCGUCGCCCGAUGACCCUCUCGGGGGAGCCCCGUGAAGAAGGACUGAUUCCGUACGCCCCGGAGUUGCCUUUACCCGCAGAAGCGUCACUCAAUUACAAUCGGACCGUCCAACGAGUACGGGCGAUAUACGCCGCGCCCUCUGGUCUAGAAUCGACAAGCUUGGUUUUAGCUACUGGACUUGAUUUAUUCUACACUCGAGUAGCACCAUCGAAGACCUUCGAUCUCCUUAAAGACGAUUUCGACUACCACCUCAUAAGUAUUGUGCUGGCCGCUCUCAUAGUUGCGACCUACAGCACGAAGUAUUUCGCCUCUAGGAAAAUGUUGAAACAGGCAUGGAAGUGA